ACUGUUGGUACACGUACGUAUGUUUGAGAAGAUGGCAAUGCCCAACUCUGGAUCCCAGACUUCGGUAGAAGUCAUCAAGGAGUUGAGGAGGUGUGAGAGACCUCCUUUGCCAGGACAAACUGCCCCUUCUAACACCUGGGAGGCCUUACAGAGGAAUGAGAGACCUCCGUUUUCUGUACAAGCCACCCCUUUUAAUGCCUGGGAGGCCUUGCGGAGGAGUGAGAGACCUCAAUUUCCUGGACAAACCGCCCCUUCUAACACCUGGGAGGCCUUGCGGAUGGGUGAGAGACCUCCGCUUCCUGGACAAACUGCCCCUUUUGACGCUUGGGAGGCCUUGCGGACGAGUGAGAGACCUCUGUUUCCUGGACAAAAUGCCCCCUUUAACACCUGGGAGGCCUUACAGAGGAGUGAGAGACCUCUGUUUCCUGCACAAACUGCCCCCUCUAACAUCUUGGCAGAGUUGCGGAGGAGUGAGAGUGAGAGACCUCUGUUUCCUAAACAAAUCGCUCCUUCUGAGAUCUGGGAGGAAUUAAGAGGUGGUGACAGACCACCAUCUGCUGGACAAAUUGACCCUUCCAUAGUCUGGAAGGACUUGAGAAGGAUCGAGAUCCCUUGGUCUUGUGGAGAAAGCACUCCCUGUGUGAACUGGAGGGAGUUGCAGAGGAGUGAACCACUUCAGUCUCGAGGAGAACCAGCUCCUUCUGUGACCUGGGAGGAGUUGAGGAGGAGUGACGGACCUAGGUCUCAAGGAGAACAUGCUCCUUCAAAGAUCUGGGAGGAGUUGCAGAAGAGUGUAAGACCUCAGCCUCCUCAAUCGUCUACAUCUACAAUCUGUGAGGAGUUACAAGGGAGUGACAGACCUCUGUCUGAUGGAGAAAUGGAUGCUUGUUUGGUCUGGAAGGAGUUAGCGAGGAGUGAGAGACCUCGGUCUCCUGGAGAAAUAGCCCCUUCUGUGACCUGGGAGGAGUUAAGGAGUGUGAGACCUCAGUCUCCUGAAAAAGCUGCCCCUCCUGUAAUGAAGGGGAAGACGAAGAGAAGUGAGCAAAGUCGGCUUAGGAGGAAGAUAAGGUUACCCUUUGAAGAGGGUGUUAAAGACCUCAGUCUUAUGGAUAAAAUGCAGCUACUGUGGUUUGGGAGGAAAUAAGGAGGAGUAAGGGACCUCGGCCUUGGAGGAGGAUAAGACUGGCUUUUAGAAUAAAUGUAGCGAGAUAAGGGGAGCAGGAGGCAGGAGCUUGAUCAUGUCCUUCAUGUAAGUACGCAAGACAGCACAAAUUAGAAGAAGAGAACAAUACAGAGGAGGAGUAGUAUGCAACGAUCUCAAAUUUGGCAAAAUGUAAGUUAAGAACUAGUCAGACAGAAAAUACCCUAGCAACCACCCUGACGACCACUAAAUAACACUAAAUGUUUCUUUUAUGAUAUUGGCCUCAAAAUUUAUACAAACAAUGUAAUGUAACCUCCUAUCAUCAAAGCUAUUCUGGUGCAAUCAAACUGCAUUAGAUCAGAUAAUCGAUGAGAUGAUUCGAUGAGAUGUAAUCUCAUCGAAUCUAGUGCCAUUACUAACAUUACUAUUAUGGGUUAGGGCUAAACCCUUAAUCCUUAUCCUUACCCUAACCCUAAAUAACAUUACACGUCAAAACCCUAGAAUUACCCAAGUAGAGUCCUGAAAAUGAAAAAUAUCAAGCACACAAGAUAAUGCAUUGUGCCAUUGAAAGUUCAUAAAAAUGUGGUGUUAUUUACUGCAAUGUUAGCGAUUUGAAGACCACCAGCCUUAAAAGGUUGGAAAACAAACAUUUUUCAGGUCCCAGCCCUGCUAGGGAAUUUGCAUGUCAGUCUAGAUAUAGAGAUAGAUAUUCAUGUUUGAAUUGUAGUGCAGAACAGUUUAUGAUCCUAAAUAUCAAAACUGCCCAAAUGUGUGCAAUAUCGUGACAGAGGAUGUAUAGAAUGCAUGCACACACCUCUUUCUGAUACAUAAAGAGCAAAGUGAAUGAGGCCACUGGGGUGACUCCUGAGUCCCUUAUGUAUUGAUUGAGCACCAAUCAGGUCGGGCAUGUUGAGAUUCUCCGCAAAGCUGGACUGGUAUAAUAUGUUAUGAUAGGUAAGUUAAAGCCAGCAAAAGACAUAGCAAAUGUUGAAAAAUGGGGCAAGUAUGGAAGACUGGUUAGCCAAUGACGGGUAAGAUCCCCCUGUAAAACUCUGGGACAACCUAAGGCAGGCACAGCCACGAGUACUUGACCCUGCAGCCACUGUGAGCAGGCACAGUGUGCAUGAACCCCAGACAUGGUGGUUCUACAGCUGAUGGAAAGCUGAAAGAUAAGAGUGAGAAAAAAGGCAAGUAUGGAAGACUGGUUCGCCUAUGACGGGUAAGAUCCACCUGUGGUACUCUGGGUCAACCUAAAGCAGGCACAGUCACGAGUACUUGACCUUAAUGCUCCUGUGAGCAGGCACAGUGUGCAAGAAAAGAAAGUGCUACCUAUUGGUAUGUGCAUAACAGACUGGUACAGAUUCAGGAGGAUGUGGUGUGCUUUGGCCUUGAGUGGUGUACAUCUAUUGAUACAUGGGACUGGAAGAGACACCCUACCACUGGCCUCUAAACUUUUGUUAGGGUCUGAUGCCCCAUAAGGUAGGAUUGUAAAAACUUUUAUAAUGAAUGGGCCUCAGACAGAGAGAAAACACAGACAGCCAUGUGACACAGUAACAUGUGUAUGAGAACAUAACUAGCUACAAAUCCUUGGAAUGUUUACAAGGUAUUGCAAAUGAUCAAAGUAUGAAAACAAAACAAACAAAAUCCAGAAAAAAACAAUAAAUCAUAAUAAUGACAAUAAAUUGCCUCAAGGGCAAAAAAUGGGAAUAUCUGACAUGCAGAUCCCCCCUUUUUAAAACAACAUUUCAUCUUUGACCCCCACCCCCCCAAAAUAUACCAUUCUCCUUGAUAGCACAACAUGCAGACCAUGACAGACAAAAAAAAAAAAAACGCUCAAGAGUUGACUGCAUGCUUGUUUCACAAGCUCCUCUUCAGUUGUGUGGGUUUCCAGUUGUGUUUUGGGGGGUUGCUAAGGUAUUAAUAGGUGGUUGCUGCAUGGUCAUGGUUGCCUUGCCACAUGCACCUCAGAAAACUCUUGUCAGAGAGAUGUGCAAGGCUUCCUUGAACCCUGCAUUUCUGCCCUCUCCACAGACAGCGGGUUGGUGGGGUUCAAGUGCUCCUUCCACUGCCCAACUAUAUCACCGGUCUAGCUCAGUAGUUCUUCACUGCUGAGAACAGCCAGGACAAAGUCCUGCCUCCUCCUCCUCAGUUGUCUGACACCCUGUUCACACAUAUCGACUCAAAGUAAAAUGCUCCCUCCUGCCUCCCACAAGCCUGACGCUUCUGGUCGUGUUUGGUGUAAAGUGUUAAUUUGCAAAUUCAGCUCUAAAUGGUCAUUGUCUCCAACUAAGUAAUUCAAUUUCUGAGCGAUGUGUCUCCAUGCAUCAUUUUUAAGUUUUUUGCAAGUUAUAUAAUAUUAAAUGGAGAAGCUGUUAAUGAUGUGAAUGGCAGCCUGUUCUGUCUCUAGUGUUUGAGUCCAUAUGUGUUAACAGGGGUUUCACUUUUCCAGAACCUUCUUGAGCUCCUCCUCCAGCUUUUCCUCCUGUAACCACAGAAGCUGCAGUCCCUCUGUCUCUAUCAUAUGUGUCUAUCAAGAGUUCCCCAAACUAACCAAGUCUCUAUGACAUUCUAACUAUCUAUGACAUUCAAUGUCUCUACAAUUCUCUGAGUCCAUGUCCUCAACCUCCACCAUGCAGAAUGCAAUUGAAAUAUCUCUGUAGUUGUAGUAACGUCUUUCAGACAUUCCCGUUUAACCACUGCACAUUUAGAUUCUAAAUAUGCCCUCUCUACAGAGUUGUGUUUUUAUUUUUUUCAAGUGUUACUUUCACUGUGUGAUCAUUUAUCUAUUUUCAAGGUCAGUAUUUCUCCUCCCCUGCUGAGAAAACACUGGGCAAAGCCCUGCCUCCCACCCCUCAGUUGUCUUGCAGUUUGUCACAAUGUCUUUGAAGACUCUCUCAGCUCCUCCACACCCCAGCUUUUGCCUCUGCAACCACAGAGCAUGCAGUCCCUCAGCACUCUUAUUCCUACCUGUCUGUAAGUUUUUCUCCUCCCCUGCUGAAACUAGCCUGGGCAAAGCCUGGCCACCCACUCCUCAGUCAUCUGACAAUUUGCCAGAACCUCACUAAAUAAUAAAUUCUGUUUAUUUCCAGUGUAGCUAUCUACAUUCAUGGUCACUAGUUCCCCUUUCUCAGUUGAGAACAGGCUGGGUAAAACCCUGCCUCCCACAUCUCAGUUAUCUGAUGGUGUGCCAGAGCCUCUUUGAGGCUUUCCUGAGCUCCUCCCACACUUCAGUAUUUGCUUCUGCAACCAAAAAAGUUGUAAUCCUUUCAUUUUGCUAAUUCUAACUUGUCUAUAGGUAGUUGUCCUUCCCUGCUGAAAACAGCCUGGACAUACCCUGCCUCCCAGAAACUCACUGAGGCGCCUUGAUACUCCUCUCAAACCAAAGCUUUUGCUACCCUGUGCAUAAUGACGUGUCUGUUGACUCAGAAGUCCCCUGAGCUAACCAAACCCCAAAAGCUGUCCUUCAGUGUUGGUAACCUUUUGGUUUCAGCCAGACACUCUCAUUUAACCCUCAUUGUGUGCCCUUCUCUAUGUUGGUCAGGUUCAAAUGUUCCUUCAGCCCACUGAUUAUAUACCUCCAGUGGAGGUCAGUAAUCGGUCUUCUCCUCUGAUAAUUGCCUAGACAUACCCCCGCCUCUCAUUCCUCAGUUAUCCAACAUUUUGCUAAAACAUCACUUAGGCUUACUGAUGCUCCUCACACCCCAGCUCUUCUUCUGAAAGCACAGAAGCUGCAGUCAUCCAAGCCUGUUGAUACCUCACUGUAUAUCACUUCAGAUGUCACACAGUCUAACCAAGCCCAAACACUUUCCUGUUUGACCUGGAGGCUUUCUCAAAUGAUGUCGUCCACCUACAGCAUGUCCGACAUGGCCCACCCAGAAUCCAUGUCUCCAACCUUCCCUGAGAUGCAAGAAAUUCAGAGGGCAGGACUCACAUCUUUUAGCCAGUCACUCCUGUUUAACCCUUAAGCAUGUGUAUACCCAAGUCUGUCAGUUGGAGUUGGAUCCAUCUGAUCCAACCACAAAAUGGAAAUCUCUUCACCCUCUCUGAUGUCGAUCAUCAAUUAUCAGCCUAAUGUGUUCUGAAACUAAGUACAACUUACUUCCACUGCACCUGAAAACCUCUGUUGUCCUCUUGAUGGAAAGUACUGACAAAGCCUGUUCAUGGCUUAAUCUAUUUUUAAAGCCUAGAUUUUUUCUAUUGCUCUAGUCCUUCUUAUAGUAAGUAUGUUUAAGCCUUCCCUGAGAAAUGUGAGGAUUUCUGUUUUACAGCGUAAGGUUUCAUAUCUCUCCUGCGCCUGGAGGAAGUUAUUCAAAACCUUACUCCCUUGUCCACUGCCUUACUUAUCAGUUUUAAAUAGAUGUCACUGAAAACUAUUUCUUAUAAUCAUCUUGGUCAAUAAAUAAUACCCAAAUAAUUCCUGAACACAAUUUCACACAAUUGCCCAAACUGAACAAACCUCAGCUAUCUGAUGGUGUGCCAGAACCUCUUUGAGGCUUUCCUGAGCUCCUCCCACACUUCAGCCUUUGUGUCUGCAGCUAAAAAAGUUGUAAUCCUUUCCUUUAGCUAAUUCCCACCUGUCUGUAUUUUUCCUUCCCUGCUGAAAAAGCCUGGACAAAAACCUGCCUCCCAUUCUUCCAUCACCUGAGUUUGCUGGAACCUCAUUUAUGCUCCUCUGACACUCCAGUUUUUACUUUUGCAACAACAGAAACUGCAGUCCUUCUAACCUCCUGAUACCUACCUGUAUGUUGAUUUAGCCAACCAAACCCAAAAGGCUUCUAUGUUUGAUGAGGAGGCCUCCUCCAUUGUCAUUGUCCACUAUCAGAUUCAUGGUUGUCUGCCACAGCAAGCACAGAUUUUGGCCUCCACAAUAGAGUUUUGAACACGGCCCACUGAAGAGGAAUACAUAUGGCUGAAGAUCAGAUUAAAUUAUUCCAAUGCUGAACCUAAAUGUUUUGCCUAAUGUGUUCUGAAACCAAGUACAACCUAUGCUUGUCCUUGGAGCCAGUCAUGGACAGUCCUUGGCACCAUAGCCAAGUCCACUCUGCGUUUGAUAAAAAAAAAAGUUUAACCAAGAAAGAAAUUCAAAACAUAGCCCUGUGUAUCCAGUGCUCCAUAGUCUUACCUACUUGUUGACCUUUGACUAUCUGCUGCUUUAUUCCUCCUUCCAGUCAGUACAGUCAAGACUCCCCUCUACAACAAUUUGUCCAGCAAAUUUGAGGCUUCAUAACCCUUCUGUGUACAGAUAAUUCAAUAUUACUCCCUUGUCAACCACCUUGCUGUUGCAUUUUAAACAAAUCUCACUGUCAACUUUAUAAUGAUAUCAUGUCUGUCAAGUCAGACAUUCCUACAGCAUUUUCAUAUUUACAGCUUCCAGCUUGUCAUUAGCCUCUGUCUGCAUUUUGUUUUACCUUUGUUUUAUUUAUGAUUUUCUUAUGUAUGUCCAUAUUGUUGUCCUUGUUUGUUGGUGUAUUUUCCUGUCUGGGCCAGCUGGACAUGAAGGCAGCACAGUGAGUGGUCCUGGUGAGAUCUAAACCAGAGUACAAUCCAGAGACACCCCCCUCCCUCCCCUCAUAGCUUUCUGCUGCUUUAUUUUUAAUUUUGCAACUCAAUGUGUUUGUUGUAAAUA